GCCGCCCAUUGGCUCCGGAGCCAGCCAAUGGGAGCGGCGGCUACGGCCCAGCAACAGCCUGCAUUUAGAAGCUUGGCGGCGCUCCAGGGGGUUUCGGCGUUCGGGGCUCAGGGACCUGCGGAGGGCUGACGUCAGCCCGCUACGUGCAGCGCUCUGGGGCGCUCAUGAAGGCGGUGCUGGGUGGGGGCGGAGGCGCAGGCGCAGGCGCGGUGCCCAGUGGGGCACCGGGCGGGCGGGACCCACGCACAGCCAGAUCCGCUGAGUCGGACUGCUGUUGGGAAGUUGGCAGGAGUCUCCGUCUGAUGCCCGACGCGAAGGUGUCCCGGGCCCUGUGCAGGCCGGCACGAGCUUGCCUCGCUGGAGGGGGCUUCUAAGCAGCGCCCUGAAUGAGUUUUUAGAAGUUAUAAAAUGGACUCCUCGGUUAACGGAUCUGGAUAACUGGGAUACAGUUUUGUCGAGGCUAAAGGAUUUGAGAGUUGUCUUAGCAUGAAAAACAAAAGCCGAAACCACCUUUUUCAUACAGCUUGAAGAAUUCUUUGUUGGUAGUGACACGAAAAGCAGCCAUUGUACUGAAAUUGUACUUGAUCAAGAUGUGCCCAUGAAGAGGAAUAAGAAUUUAGAUCCUGAAGUGGUUUUUUGUUUGGUUUGGUUUGGUUUUUAGUUUUUCAGACAGGCACUUGCAUUAGCUUAGAACUCACUGUACAUUGGAGAAGAUUCUAUUUUUCAGAGGCAGUUUUGAACGGGAAAGACAGUAUGACCUUGUACUUGGGUCUCAGUUUUUGUGUCCUUACUAUAUCAUGCAAGCAUCAGAGGGGCAGUGAUCUAAGGGUGUUUUCAUUUGGUGCACAUUUCUGUAGAUUAUGCUGGGAAAGUUACUACAGUGCAAAAGUUUGUGGCCUGUUAGGAUUCGGGCUGUAGCCCCGGCUGGCCUGGAAUUUACCUUUCUGCUUCUGCCUUACAGACCUUUUGGCUGAGCUUAGAAGGUCGUCCAUGAAGUUGCUGAAUCUGAAAGGCAGACGGGAACUUUUUUUCUAACCUAUAGAGGACACUUGUUCCUUACUGUUGUUUACAGUUAGAAAAGAUGGACAUUGAGUUUUUUUUAAGUGAUAUUUUUCUGAAUGUUUUAAAAUCAAAGAUGGGAAAAUCGGAGAAAAUUGCCCUUCCCCACAGCCAGCUUGUGCAUGGUAUACACUUGUGUGAACAACCAAAGAUAAACAGACAGAAAAGCAAAUACAACUUGCCACUAACCAAGAUCACCUCUGCAAAAAGGAAUGAAAGUGACUUUUGGCAGGAUUCUGCUUCCUCCGAUCGAAUGCAGAAGCAGGAAAAAAAGUCUUUUAAAAAUACUGAGAACAUUAAAAGUAACCAUUUGAAGAAAUCAGCAUUUCUAACAGAAGUGAGCCAAAAGGAAAAUUACGCCGGAGCAAAGUUCAGUGACCCACCUUCCCCUAGUGUCCUCCCAAAGCCUCCGAGUCACUGGAUGGGAAGUACCGCCGAGAACCCCAGCCAGAGCCGGGAGCUGAUGGCAGUGCACUUGAAAACGCUCCUCAAGGUGCAGACCUAGGCUUGCGUCUGCAGUGUGUGGUAAACAUCGAUUUCCCCAGACCUUUGGACUCGAAAGGAAACGGAUACAGCAGUGAAAACUUGCCCUGUUGCAGCAUCCGACACAAUGAGCUUAAGUCACACAAGCAGCUUGUAUUAUAUUUUAUAUUUUGUAAAUACUGUAUACCAUGUAUUAUGUGUACAUUGUUCAUACUUGAGAGGACAUUAUAGUUUUGUUAUGAAAGUAUGUAUUUUGCCCUGCAGCUGUGGUGGUGUUUUGUAUAUAUACAGUGGAGAUAGUCUAAGUGGGUGCUAAGGCACAUGGAAGACUGUUUAUUUGCACAGGUACCGAAAUUUUUUUAAGAACAGCUGUCAAAUCUCAAAAGUGAAGAUGUAACUGUGAACAAUUUCCUUAUGUACUACUGAAGGUGAAAUUCGGCACAAUCACUGUAAUCAUGGAGUCUGUGUUGCUCUAAAUUGACAACUUGACUUUUAAUCUGCAAUUCCUAGAAAGCUUCCCGUUUUUACCAAACUUCAUUUCUGGAUAUUGGUAUAUUGCCAUUAUGGAGAUUUAAAACACCUCUAAUUUUAAAUACCAACAAAAUUGGUUGUAAUCAAAUUUUAAAUCAAUAAUAAUAAUUUGGCCUCCCCCCUUUUAA